GAGGGGUACGAUGAGGUGACCGGUGAGUCGACCGGUGUCAAAUUCCCGGUUGGAUCCGGUGUAGUUAUCCGGAACUGAUUGCUUAUUAUUGUGACUUUUAUGAGGGAGUUUAAUUUCCGUCGUUGGACACGAUGUAAAAGAACUCAAAAGAAAAGGUUAGCCAGAUAAAUGAGCAUCAUCGAUGAAGGUAACGGGUUCGAAGGCGAUAUCAAGAGGGAUGGAUUCGAACCAAAUCUUCAGUGGUCUCCAUUCAAGCAAUACCAUCAGCUUAACAGAACUGCAACAAGAAUUGACAUCAACCUAGCUAAAUCUGUGAUUGAUAAUACUUUUCCUGAUAAAGAACUUGACGAUGAAAUAGAAUGCAAGCACCAGGAAGCACUUGUCAGUGUCCCUUGCUUGGCAAAACUUGUUUGUAACAAUGAACCUCUUUCUUUGGGGAAGAAUCUUACUACCUCUGAAUAUACUUGUGGAAAUCUAGCAAACAGAGAGAGUGUUUGUUUAUGGGAAAUUUUGCAAAGCAGCUACUUUCGAAAGAAAACUAUUCAAGCUGCUGAGAUGACAUGGCGGAGGAACUUUUUGUAUCUGUUUACCUUGGGAACAGAAGGAGGAUCAAGGUUUGGGAAAGGUUCUACAUGGGAUGUCAUAAAAGAUCUGAAUGAUAAGCAUCCUAAUUGCUAUUGUGGUUUAGGAAAGCCACAAAAUGGAUUUUAUGUCUCUUCAAAUGGACUUGUGUUCUCAAGUGAGAUUGAGCUAAAGAGGUUCAUAGCAAAAAUGGCUGAAAUAGAAGAACGACUAAAACAUGAAAUGUGUGUGAUAGAAGAUCAACGCAACAAAUUGAAGACAAAAGCAGAAGAGAGGAAGCUUCUGUCUCAUAGGAUGGAAAGUGUCGAUUCUGAUCAGGAUGAGACACCUAAAGAAAAUCAACAGCUAAACAAGGAGAACAAAGCCAAGGAUAAAACAGAAAGAAAAUCAGGAUUGUUUGCAUCAUUGAGUGCCUCUUUGAGUGCGGCAAGAUCUGGGAUUCAGGGAUUUUUGGAAAGAUCCUCACCAAAGGAACAAAGGCAUGCAACCAAUGCUGUACUUACAGGAGACAGUGAUGGUGAAGAUGAAACAGAUAAGUUGACACAGAAACCAAAUCCUGAUGUGGAUGGCCUUGAUAAUCACGAUGAAUUUACAAGACAAAUGGAAGUAAAGGGAGGUUUAACUUACGAGAGUGCAGACAGAACAGUCCACCAACUGUCCCAUGAUGCUUUGCCUCCCCCGCUCUCUCUACAGUCACUUCAAGCUGAAAAUCAAGCUGACAAAUAGAAUUUAUAAUAAAUGAUUAUUAAUUAAAAUAUUUACUAUGUUACUGACAAAAGUUAUUCAACUGUUACAGUCUGUACCUUUUUGUCUUGGUCAUGCUAUCACGUUUAAGGAUGCUACAUUUACUGUGAAACUCUGAACAGGAUUAUUAUCAGGCAUGAUAUAUCUUAUUGAACACAAUAAGGAUAUUAAGUAGUUUGUUGUUUGCUUAUAUGUCCUGAUCAUCCACACAAUCCGUCGCAAGUGAAGGCUCUACUGUUACAACAGGGUAGACAAUUUUUGGGUGUCUUUCAAUUGUUCAUGGUUUUCUGAGUUUGACAGUUUUAACAUAAAAUUAUUCCAAACCACAGCACUAACAAUCCAUUUAAUUUCAAAAGUACCAUCACUCGCUUUUAAGAUCAUUAUUUUUGAUUGUUAUUAUUACUGAUUUGUGAUAAAAGUCGGUCUGAAAGGUUAUUAGAAAUGAUUUUAAAUAUUAUUUUAUCUGCACAAAUCAUUCCUAACAAAAAUGGUUCAAAUAUAGUGAGAAAAGAAAUGUUUCAUAUUUUCAUUUGCACAUUCUAUUGUCUACCAUUACUAUUAUUAUUGAUUUGUGAUAAAAGUAUGUCUGAAAGGUUAUAAAAAUGAUUUAUGAUAUAUACACAAAGCAUUCUAAAAACAAAUGGCUAUAAUCUGUCUCAGUGUUGCCAUAGAAGAGAAAUGUUUCACUUUUUUAUCUGUGCAUUUUAUUAGUUGUUUACCAUUAUCAUGAAUUCAUGUAAGAGCACGAACAAUUUAUUGUUUCUAAGAAAUAUUAUUGAAAUAUGAAAGGGAAUGACUUGAAUGUAAUAUAUGUGAUAGAAUGAUUCAUAUUUAAAUGUCUGGUGCAGUGAAUGAUGUCAUACUGCAUGCGUAGCUGACUACAAGUAAGAAUUUUCAUAGUGGAUUUUAAUAAACAAUUAGUUCCUCUGUUUUAA